UCAUCGUAAAACUAAAUUCCUCAUCAUGCGGUAUGUGUGUGGCUUGUCUGUGGGUAGGCUCCCCACCAUUUGGCUGCUCUUGAAUCUUAGUCUUUGGGGAAAACUGUCCGCUUUCAUUGCCAAACACUGUGAGAACUUUGACGAGGACCAGCUCACUGACAUGGGCCACACGAUCCCGUGCCGCUAUGAGCCUGGCCUGGGGCCGUAUGCUGAAUGUAGUGUGACCAAUCUGAAAAAGGACCUCAUGGAGGCCAAGCCGGACGUGAGGACCCUCUGCAUCUCUCAGCUUGACUCGGUCAUUCACACCGGAGUUUUCUCUCGUUUCCGCUCUCUUAAACACCUCCAUAUCUGGGAACCUCAUGUCAACAGGGUCCAGCCUAGCGCCUUCACUGACCUGCCGAACCUGGUGAGCUUAUUUCUUCUGUUCCACGACACCACUUGCAGGGAGGUCUCUUUGGACACUGGGGCAUUUCAGGGUCUGGAGCAUUUGGAGGAGUUGGAUGUAAGAGGUUUAAAGUUGCUUGGUAUCUCAAAUGAAACUUUCAAGCCUCUGCUAGGGCUUGUGAACUUGCACCUGGCUUAUAUCUGUUCAGUCGACCUUGGAGAUGUUUUCCGCCUGCUACCCACUGGCAUGUCAAGACUGCACAAUCUGACACUACAAAAGAGCGGCAUAUCCGUCAUCAGAAACCAAGGCACUAGGGCAUGGCCUGUUCUGUCUGGAGUAAGAGCACUCAGCUUUCUAGGGACGCAGAUUAAUACAGACUCUCUGAAGGUUUUUCAGAAUCUCUCAAGUUUCUCCUUGGAUUUUCAAGGAAAGACAGUAAGUACCAUUGUGGAAUCUGGAAUUGGGCAGGUGAGGAAACUUCAGCUGAAUGGAGACAUUCUUAGAAAUGUACAUGUUGGCUUUAUAGAUAUCUGUCAUCUGGUGAAUUAUCUAAGAGUGAAGUCACUUACACUGAGCUACAUCCAGGCUAAGACAUUAUCUGCAGAAGAUAUUACACAAUGUGAAAAAGAAUUAGAAAACCUCAACAUCUGGAACUCCGAAAUACAUGAUCUUGAUUUAAAGUUCUGGUCAAAUUUGACAAAUCUGGAGGCAUUGGAUUUGGCUCAUGUGAGGCUGAACGAAUCAAACUUCUGCUCAGCUCAACAUCCGUCAGAGUCUAGACUUAUUUCUCUCAACCUGGAAGGAAAUUUACUUACAACAAUCACAGCCAAACAGUUUUCUUGUAUGCAUCAAUUGGAGAUCCUUGAUUUGAGUUUCAAUUUGAUCACAACGCUCCAAAAGUUGGCAUUCUGGGGAUUAACUCGUCUCCGGAUUUUGAGGCUCACACACAACAACAUAAGCAAACUAAAUACUGAUGACUUCAAGUGGGUCCCAGUUCUGGAGGUUCUAGAUCUAGAUCAGAAUUCAAUUGCUAGCAUAGAGGAUGGAGUCUUCAAGAAACAGAGAGAGCUGCAAAAGCUGAGGCUUGGUAAGCUGGACAUCAUAUACAUUCUAAAAAUCAACAUGAUAUUUUAUGCCAAUGAGAUCCCACCUAAACUGCGUUAUCUCAACAUAGAUGCAAGCUAUGGAACAAAUUUUGAAAUAAGUCCAAAAACGAUUGCUCCAAACGGUACACUUAUUUUCCAUCUGAAUGGAGACUAUCUGGAGGUCAACCUGUGUGAUAAUGCAUUUUUUAAAGCAGUCAGAGAGUUAAAAGUGAGCACCUCUCACUUCUCCUGCAGAACUGAGUUCAUGGCACGCUGCUUCCCUACUCUGGAGUCGUUCGAGUUCCUCACCCGUAUUGACAAAGUCACAGUCACCUACUCCGGGAUCAACACCCUCAGGCACCUGAAACGCCUCAAACUGACCAACCUCAACUUUGCCAAACAGACAGACGCUGGAACGAUCCUCCACAACCUCACCAAACUUCAGAUCCUGGUCUUGAACAACUGCCGAUUCACUUUCCUCACCAGGAGCAUGUUCCAGAACCUGACCACUCUGCGCAUUCUGUGCCUCUACAGUGCCUCCCCUCUCCUGCUGCUGGACGGGGUGUUUGACGUUCUCAACUCGCUGACCACUGUUGUGUUUGACAAAGUAGAUUUUCGCUGUGACUGUGAAAACAGUUGGCUACUGAGAUGGGCAGAGAGAUCCGUACAUGCUCAGGUUAUCUACCUCCAGAGACAGGAGUGCAUGUGGCACUACAAGAAACUGAACUUCCUGUCCACUAUGGAGCGUCUAUGCCAAACAGACAUGGAGUACCAGUGUUAUCUGGCCACAGCUCUCACCAUCUCGUUCCUCAUGGCCACGGCGCUGGGUUACAACUUCGGUCGUUGGCCUUUCCUGGUACUCUUCUUCCGAGCACGUGGGCGGUGGGACGACGAAUGGAUGAACGUGCUGGAGGAGGAGGAGGAGGAGGAAGAUGUGCAGUUUGAUGCGUUUGUGUCCUUCAGUAGCCGAUGGGUGCUGAGGGACUUGGCGCCCCGCUUGGAGGAGCUCUGCCUGCAUAACAGGGACUUUGAGGUGGGUAAAGGAAUCGUGGACAACAUUGCCGAGAGCAUCUACAGCAGCCGUCGGACAGUGUGUGUGCUUAGUCGCCGUUACCUGCGCAGCGACUGGUGUGCUCUGGAGCUACGCGUGGCCACUCACCGCCUGUUGGCCGAGCAGAAACAUCGGCUCAUCAUCAUCUUCCUCGAGCACAUCUCUCCCUUUGAGCUCUCAGCAUUUCACCGACUAGCGAAGCUGGUGAAGUCACGGACGUACCUGGACUGGCCAGAGGACGAUGCUGAGAGGGUGAAUUUCUGGGAACGGCUACGUAGAAACAUCGCUGAGGAAGACAGGCCCUGUAAUGAGCUCUUCCUGUUGCCUGGGAAACCAGGCCCAUAA